AUGGACCCAGAUGAAACCUCAGCUUACCCAGGUUACUUCGAUGCUACAAGCGAAAUCCCUGACAUUGAGGAAGUUCGCUCUCAUGUUCCUUACACAUCUGUCUUCCUUCCCAUCUUUUACACAGUUGUGUUUCUGACUGGAGUGUUGGGGAACCUGGCCCUGAUGGGUGCCUUGCAUUUCAAAAGGGGCAGCCGAAGACUGAUCGACAUCUUUAUCAUCAACCUGGCUGCCUCUGACUUCAUUUUCCUUGUCACGCUGCCUCUCUGGGUGGACAAAGAAGCAUCAUUAGGGCUGUGGAGGACUGGCUCUUUCCUGUGCAAAGGCAGCUCCUACAUGAUCUCAGUCAAUAUGCACUGCAAUGUCCUCUUGCUCACUUGCAUGAGCAUCGACCGCUACCUGGCCAUCAUGUGCCCUGCUGCAUCCAGAAAAUUCAGAAGGAGAGACUGUGCAUAUGUCGUCUGUGCCAGUGUCUGGCUUCUCUCCUGCCUCCUGGGACUGCCUACUCUUCUGUCCAGGGAGCUCAUCCUGAUUGGUGAUAAGCCAUACUGUGCAGAGAAGAGGGCUACUUCCUUUAAACUGGUUUGGGCCUUGGUGGCCUUAAUUUUGACUUUUUUUGCCCCCUUACUGAGCAUCAUGACCUGCUACUUCUGCAUAAUAAGGAGACUGUGUGUCCAUUACCAACAGUCAGGAAAACAUAACAAAAAGCUGAGGAAAUCCAUAAAGAUCAUUUUCAUUGUGGUGACAGCCUUUAUCUGCUCCUGGCUGCCCUUUAACACUUUCAAGCUUCUGGCCAUUGUGUCUGGAUUAGACAAAGAAAUCUACAUUUCCUCAGCCACUCUUCAGCUGGGUAUGGAGGUGAGUGGACCAUUGGCAUUUACCAACAGCUGUAUCACCCCUUUUAUUUACUAUAUCUUUGACAGCUAUAUCCGCAGCGCCAUUGUGCACUGCCUGUGUCCCUGCCUGAAGAACUAUGACUUUGGGAUCAGCACUGAGACUUCAGAUAGCCACCUUACUAAGGCUCUCUCAAACUUUAUUCAUGCAGAGGAUUUUGCCAGAAGAAGGAAGAGAUCUGUGUCACUCUAA